AUGAGGGAAAAGGAACAGGAAGUAGGCGUAGAGAGAAGACUAAGGAUGAGAGGACAGGAAGUAGGUAAAGAGAGGAGACGAAGAAAGAGAGGACAGGAGGUAGACGUAGAGAGGAGACGUGGGCUGAGAGGACAGGAAGUAGACGUAGAGAGGAGACAUGGGAUGAGAGGACAGGAAGUAGGCUUAGAGAGGAGACUAAGGAUGAGAGGACAGGAAGUAGGUAAAGAGAGGAGACGAGGAAAGAGAGGACGGGAAGUAGGCGUAGAGAGGAGACGUGGGAUGAGAGGACAGGAAAUAGGCGUUGAGAGGAGACGUGGGAUGAGAGGACAGGAAGUAGGCGUAGAGAGGAGACUAAGGAUGAGAGGACAGGAAGUAGGUAAAGAGAGGAGACGAGGGAAGAGAGGACAGGAAGUAGGUAUAGAAAGGAGACGUGGGAUGAUAGGACAGGAAGUAGGUAAAGAGAGGAGAUGA